ACGAUUACGUGCCUGUUAUUUCUAGAGAGUAUAUAAGCGUGUGCAGCCAUUACUGACCUCUCCCGCGUUCUCUGCCCAUCACCAUGUAACCCCUCGUUGAUUCGACGAUACCAGGCGAUAGGGAUGCACCACAAUGGGGCUUCUGAUUUAAGCUUGCGCCAAGCCCCACUUCCCUCGUUCCAGCCACGGGGCAAAAGCCACCUGUCAAGCCUCUUUUGGCAAGCCCUUUGCAGGCAUACGUGUCUGUCGCAAUCCAACACCUCCACUUUACCAGUCUUAUCGCGCGUCUUAUUUUCCUCGCGUCUUGCUGUCUUUACUUUACGCCACAGACCUACCGUCUCGAUCGUCAGCUCUGUUUCUCGCGAAGUCGAACGCCCUUCUCGUACCGCGCAGCCUCCCUAGUGUCGAAGCGGACCUUUCUCCUUACCCCGUCAUCUCUGGGAUAGUCAACAUCGAGCCUUUUAUCCCGGACCUUUCGAGCCCACGACGAAACCACAAUGUCGAACAAGAAGAAUGAAGAUCUAGAGAUGAGCGGGUCGGGCAAGAAGGAGUUUGAUGAGCGGGAGAACUUCCUGCUGAAGCCUGCACUCCAUCACCGGGCGCGUGUCGACAGCGGCACGGGUAGCAUUCUGUCCCGGCUCGAGAACAACCCUGGUGCUGCUGUUCUGGCCUACUGCUUCUCCUCGAUCAGCAUGACGGUCGUGAACAAGUACGUCGUUUCGGGCUCGUCCUGGAACUUGAACUUCCUGUAUCUGGCCAUUCAGACCGUUAUUUGCACGGCUGCAAUUCUGGUAUUGAAGCAGAUGGGGAUGAUCCCUUACCUCGCGGCUUUGAAAAGUGGCAAGGCCAAGAAAUGGUUCCCCGUGUCUUUCUUCUUCGUCGGCAUGGUCUACACCAGUACCAUGUCUCUUCAAUUUCUAUCUGUUCCGGUAUACACCAUUUUCAAGAACUUGACCAUCGUCGUUAUCGCCUAUGGUGAGGUCCUUUGGUUCGGCGGCAGCGUGACCCCGCUGCUUCUGUUGUCGUUUGGCUCCAUGGUGCUCAGCUCAAUCGUUGCUGCGUGGGCUGAUAUUCAGGUUGCCCUCAAUAGCACCGAGCCCUCGGUGGACACUGCCGCCGCCAUCUCAACCUUGAACGCUGGAUAUGCGUGGAUGGGGCUGAACGUCAUCUGCACGGCCUCAUAUGUCCUGGGCACACGCAAAUUCAUCACCUCCCUUAACUUCAAGGAAUGGGACACCAUGUACUAUAACAACUUGCUCUCUUUCCCUAUCUUGGUUAUCUGCUCCCUGGUCACCGAGGACUGGUCUAUGGCCAACCUGGCUAAGAACUUCCCUGCCGAGUCGCGCAACAACCUUAUGAUUAGCAUGCUCUAUUCUGGCGUGGGUGCCAUCUUCAUCUCAUACUCUUCUGCCUGGUGCAUUCGCAAGACUUCAUCGACGACGUACUCUUUCGUCGGUUAUCUUAAUAAGCUCCCACUCGCCAUCAGCGGCAUCGUCUUUUUCGAUGCUCCUGUCACGUUUGGUGGUGUCUCGGCUAUCCUACUAGGAUUCUUCAGCGGCCUUGUUUACGGUUAUGGCAAGAUGAAGCAGAGGGAGCAGUCCCAGCAGGUCCUCCCCAUCUCCCAACCGCUUAUGACGGCCAGCUCUCAAAGCCAGAAGGAUGCAGCCAACUCAUAAGCCAAUGCCGGCCAGGCUACUCGAAGUAGUGGGGAAGCAUGGAGUCCUCAGCAGGGUUUAUAAGUAACGAAACAGACAUCUGCUGGAGAACCACCAUUUCAUUUGUCGUCUUGUAUAUUACUUUGUUCGACCACAUCCCCUUUAAUCAAAUCACUUCCUUUAACUAUGGCAUAGACCUUCAUUGCGGUUGUUACUGUUGGGCAAAUGAGGCGCCCAGGCUUUGGUACAUUAUCCUUGUUUUCUUGGUUCUGAGACGUAUCUGCAAGGUUCUGCUUCAAACCUGCAAAAGAAUGGUGUUUAG